GAAGCGCGGACACGGAUGCUGCGUUCUGAUUGGUUCGGAGGCGCGCGUCACCCGGAAGUUGCCGGAACAGCCGGGUUGGCGUCAGCACUCCCUAAGAUGGCGGGGGUGUUCGAGGUGGAGGUGGACGGCGUAGAACACGACCACGACCACGGGCACGUCCACGACGGCGCGCAGAUCGACCUCUCGCAGCUUUCCCCGGAGGAGAAGUGGAGACUGGAACAUGCCAGAAUGCAUGCCAAGCACAAAGGGCACGAAGCCAUGCACGCCGAGAUGGUGCUCAUCCUCAUCGUCACGCUCGUCAUCGCUCAGCUCGUCCUGGUGCAGUGGAAACAGAGGCACGCCAAGUCCUACAACUUGGUGACCCUGUUUCAGAUGUGGGUGGUGCCUUUGUACUUCACCACAAAGCUGCACUGGUGGAGGUUCUUGGUGACGUGGUUCAUCUUCUCGGUCGUGACCGCGUUCAUCACGUUUCGCGCCACUCGCAAACCCCUGGAGUGCACCACGCCCAGAUUGGUUUACAAAUGGUUUCUCCUACUGUACAAGAUCAGCUACACGACAGGCAUUGUGGGAUACAGUGUAGUCAUGUUCACCCUCUUUGGCAUCAAUCUGAUAUUUAGAAUAAAGCCGGAAGAUUCCAUGGAUUUUGGCGUUUCCAUGCUCUUUUACGGACUCUAUUACGGCGUCCUGGGCAGGGAUUUUGCCGAGAUGUGCGCAGACUUCAUGGCUUCCACAGUCGGCUUUUACAGCGCAUCAGGAAUGCCCACUAAACACCUCUCGGACAGCAUCUGUGCCGUCUGCGGUCAGCCCAUCCUGGUGAGUGUGGACGAAGAGGGGAUCAUGGAGAACACCUACAGGCUGUCGUGCAACCAUGUAUUUCAUGAGUUCUGCAUACGAGGGUGGUGCAUUGUGGGUAAGAAACAGACAUGCCCAUACUGCAAAGAAAAGGUGGACCUGAAGAGAAUGUUCAGUAAUCCGUGGGAGAGACCUCAUGUCAUGUACGGGCAGCUCCUGGACUGGCUUCGUUAUCUCGUAGCCUGGCAGCCGGUCAUCAUCGGACUGGUGCAAGGCAUCAACUACAUCUUGGGUCUGGAGUAAUGGCCACAUCCGUCCCAGACAGAGACAGAGACUAUACACAGUCUAUGGUUUAAUGGACACUGGGGUUGGAACUGUAAUCUCCCAGAGUGUGUAAUGUACUGUAUAUUGGCGCACACACUGUGCUUAUGUGUAUUUAAAUGAGAGAGAAGAAGAAAAAAAAAAAAAAAAAAAGAACUGCUCGAGGUCUGGCUUCAUUUCUGAAUUUUCUGUCUUAAUGUUUUAAAUGGUUAUUUACAUUUUUCUUCAUCUUCCUUUUUUUUCAACUUUUUUCCAGUUAUAAUGAAAUCUUCUUUCCCACUUCACCCACUAAAAUCCCUUCUCUCAUUUCUCAUCAGUACUGAAGUGUUGAGGUUUUUUUUUUUCCCCUGUAGUGAUCAGCAGCAUGAACGUGGAGGGGAAUCUGGAGGGUUUGUUUCUCCAAGCGUUCCUGCGUCUGACCUUCAGCAUGCUGGUGUUCCUGACCGUUUCAUUACUGCUCAGGACUGAAUCAUAUUUCUCCGUUUUAUUUGUUUAGCGUCGGCGUUUACACUGAAUUUGCUGUCAUGAGAGUCACAGGAUGGAGUGACUGAAGGAUUGUGUGCUGUCUGUUGGGAAAUUUUGGGAAAUGUGUCUGAGAUUUUUUUGGAAGUUUCUACGCCGAGGCAAAUAAAGGGAUUUAAGGAGAAUGUUGAUUAAAGCUUUGAGGUCUGACAGGAUUCAUUUCAUGAGAUGAUAUUUAGAUGUUGAAUGGUCCAAAUUUCCUGGAUCAUUUACAUUAAAGUAUCAUUACAGAUGGACAUGAUGAUUAAAAAAAUAUAUUUUUUUUUUUUUGUUUUUGUUUUUCCCCUCACUACACCAUUCCAGAACCUUCCAGAAAAUGAAUCCACUGUAUUACAUAAAAGGACAGAAUAUUCCUGAUCAUCAUGAUUCGUGAAAACGUUUCUACAAUAUUUGAUGGUUGCUCUGGUCACGUGGUUCCUCUGGUCAUGUGUAUUUAUUAGCCUGGAUAAAAAAAUUAAUAAUAUUAAUCCGGAUAGUCCGUGUUAGCAAAGCGUACACGGUUAUAUUUGGAUAUUUAUUUAUUUUACAUUAUUAUUGUUCUAAACCUUCACUGUCUAUAUUCUGUUUAAUUCCGGAAAAUAAUUAAAGUGGGUGGAAUUUUCCACACUAGUCUGGAUUAAUGAGGUAAUAAAAACCAGCAUUACUUUUCAUUUACAUGACGCACUGUCCAAGAAGGAGGAAGUCCUUGGACGUCACAGUUUGUUUAAAACCCUGGGCGCUUCUCUGUUGAUGCUCUGAAUCCUGAACCAUGAUCUGGAGUCUCACCAGCACCAGCACAGGAACUCUCGGUGUGUGUAUCUGCGCCGUCAUGUUGCUCCACUGCUCUUACAGCUCGGCUCGUUCCAAUAAUCAAGUCCGAGCUCCUACUAUUGUCAGCAUAAUGCAAAAGGAUGAAAGUAGCAGCUGCACAAUCACCUGUAAAGUGAACCCUGGAGGACUUCCACGUGAGACCAUGGUGUACUGGUUGGCUGGUGGCGAAUUUGUAGAACUGGUUCAUAAAGACAUCACCAUGAUAUCUACAGUGAAAAGGUCACAUGAUGGGACGGAGUACCUCCUCGAGAAGAUGGUGUUCAGAGUGCUUUCUCCGGAAAUCCUGAACACCAAGUUCACCUGUGUAGCCCUCAGUCCAGCCGGCUUUGACAAUAAAAUCGUUCGGAUCGGGAAAGUAUGCUGACUGACCUUUGACCUUCCCAUUAAUCAAAUUUAAUAUAAAGAGUCUGAAUAUGAUUCAAUUCUGUGACUGAAUAAAAUAACAGCUAAAUAAACACUUUUUAUUUUUUAUUA